AUGGAGCUGGGCGUGGAGGCAGCGCGAUGGAUGAUCGGCAAGGCGUUGGGCCCUGUCUCGGGCGGGGUGCUGGAGGCGUGGGCGGCCAGCACCGAGCUGGGUGGCAACAUCGAGGCUCUCAGGAUGGAGCUGCUGUAUGCAGAGGGCAUGCUCAGCAACGCCCGUGGCCACCACGGCCACGGCCCGGGGAUCAAGAACCCGGCCCUGUCCGAGCUGUUGCACAAGCUACGGGACUUGGCGUACAGGGCCGACGACGCUCUGGAUGAGGUCGACUACUUCCGCAUCCAGGACGAGCUCGAAGGCACCUACCAUGCGGCUGAGGAGCAUGAGGGAGGUUGCCUUCGCAACCACGCCCUCAAUGCUCGCCACGCCGCCAGAGCCAUUGCAAAAAUGUUGGGCUUCUCCAAGUGCUCCGCCUGCUUUGCUAAUGCUACCCACGACGAGCCACAUGAAGAUACAACAAGCGCAAGAGUCCUCUCGUGUGGUGGACAUUGGCCAUGUACUGGCGUCAAAGCUUCUGAUGAUGACGAGGAGGAAGAUCCAAGGCAAGGAGGAGUUUGCUGGCCAUGUCCAUGUGGAACCGAUCAACGACUAGUUAACAACUGCUGCAUGAGCAGGAUCACCUCUGCUGCCCGUAGCACCAUCCACACUGUUGGUAAACACCUUCCACUUCCAUGUUGCUCGUCAGUUUCAUCUGCCCAAAAUGCUGCAAACUCCAAUGCUACAUCCACUGGGCGUCGAUUCCUCUGUUGUGCCCAGACCAAUACGGCGUCACAGAGAGAGCGCGUCUUACAAACACCAGAGUUGAAGUUUGAUAGGGUUGAGAUGUCUCGAAAGAUGAAGGAUAUUAUAGAGCAGUUAAAGCCUCUAUGUGCCAAGGUAUCAACAAUUCUUAAUCUAGAAUUGCUGGCAGCCAACCUAAACAAUAAUGAGCAGUACAUGGCUACGGGUCGGCCCAUAACCACCUCAGAGCCUAUAGAGCCUGAAUUUUAUGGUAGGAAGGACGUCAUAAGUAAGGUCGUUGAUGACAUUAAGGGAGAAUACCAUGAUGUGGACCUAACUGUACUCCCAAUCGUUGGUCCAGGAGGCAUAGGGAAGACGACUUUAACACAGCACAUAUAUAAGGAACUUAAGGAUCAUUUUGAGAGAUUGCGGACAAAAAUGAAAAAGGAAGAAAAGGGUAUUCCAGAAAAUAGGAUUGAAGAAGGAUUAAAAUCUAAAAGGUUUUUGCUUGUCUUGGAUGAUAUGUGGAGUUGUAGUAAUGAGGAUGAGUGGAAAAGGUUCCUAUUACCCUUUAAGAAAGGACAAACAAAAGGCAGUGUUAUUCUAGUCACAACUCGGUUUCCUGCGUUAGCACAGAUGGUUAAAACAACUGAUAAGAUAGACCUGGAAGGUAUAGACGAGGAAGAAUUUAAGAAGUUAUUCUUUGCAUAUGUGUUUGGCAACAAGAAACCACCAGAGGAUCAUAGUGAACUACUUGGUAUUGGACCUGAGAUAAUUAAAAAACUAAAGGGCUCACCUCUUGCUGCAAAAACUGUUGGAAGAUUGCUGAGAAACCACCUUGAUUUGGUUCAUUGGACUAGAGUUUUAGAAAGUAGGGAAUGGGAAUCACAGAGUGGAGAUCAUGACAUUAUGCCAGCACUGAAGCUUAGCUUUGACUAUCUCCCUUUUCAUCUGCAACAAUGUUUUACCUAUUGUUCAUUGUUUCCAGAAGAUUACAGAUUCAGUGAACAAGAGAUAAUUCACUUUUGGAUCGGACUAGACGUUUUGCAUUCACGUGGGCUAAAGGUUUCAGCAGAUGAAUGCCUUAGCCUAUAUAGUUCAAAUGUGAGAUCCAUACAAAUUCUUCCAUCGAUCCACCACUUGUCCAUCAACAUAGAUGACUCAACUGUCAAUGAUAGAAAGGCUUUUGAUACUUUUAAAGAAGAUUUUAGUGUACUCGGAGAAAGACUAAGAGUUGAGAACCUGCACUCAUUGAUGUUAUUUGGGAAACACCAAGGUAGCUUUGCAAAGACUCUCCAUGGUUUGUUUAGUAAAGCAAAAUCCCUUCGUGUUAUUAUGAUAUCUGGAGACUUCUAUCGCAUGGAAGAUUUAUUGCACAACUUUUCAGAGCUUAUCCAUCUUCGGUAUAUUCGGGUGCAUGGCAAUUGGUUGUAUGGAGAACUGGUAGCCUCCAAAAGUAUUUCAAGAUUUUAUCACAUUAGGGUCCUAGAUCUACUCGGGUGCCAAGACUACCAGAAUUUACCAAGAUAUAUGAGUAACCUUGUAAAACUGCGCCAUUUUCUUGCUAGGUAUGGUGUGCACUCAAGGAUUUCAGAGGUGGAAAAAUUGAAGUCAUUACAAGGGCUACAAACAUUUGCGGUUGGAAAAGAAUGUCAGGGUUUUGAACUGAGCCAGAUAGGACAUCUGCUUGACCUUUGUGGAUCGUUGCAAAUUGAUAAUCUUGAAAAUGUUGAAGGAAGGGAAGGAGCAGAUGAAGCAAAGUUAAUGCACAAGAAAAAACUGAAUGAGUUAAUAUUAAAUUGGAAUGUGAAACGGUCUAACAAUGACCCUGCACAUGAAGAACAAGUUCUUGAAGGUCUCAAGCCGCAUAGCGAUCUUCACAAACUAAGCAUUAGAGGGCAUGGAGGUGGUACUUGGCCUUCUUGGCUAGGUCCGUCGGUUCAAAAUCUGGAAUCUCUUCAUCUAGAUGGCGUGGACUGGGAAACAUUUCCACCUAUAGGUGGUGAUUUGCAGCUAGUUAAUAAGGGCGCUGAAGAAAAACCUAGUAAUAGCCCUAGCCAGCACUUCAAGAAUUUGAAAAGCGUACAACUUGUCAAUUUGGAAAGGCUAGAAAGAUGGGUUGUUGGUAGCAGUGGUCAAUUGUUAUCUCAUUUGGAAGAACUCAUCAUUAAAAGUUGCCCUGAACUCAUGGAGUUGCAAUUUCCAUAUUGUAAUUACAGCCAACAAGAUCUAAAGACACCGGCUCCAAAACUGCGACGGCUCGUGGUUGAAAAUUGUCCAAAGUUGUUGUCCUUGCCUCCUGUUCCUUGGAAUCCCAGUCCGUGCUUUAUUUCGAUAUCAGAAGUUGGUUUAGGCUUUAAGAGUCUUACCUACGAGAGAUUAUCCUUGAAGAUUACUGGAAAAAAGGACACUCAGGGUAGUGUGUCGUUCUGGACGGGCUUGCACUUUGAUGGCCUCCUCUACCGUUUGAUGGCCUCCAAAAGCUGUCAUCGCUAG